UGUAAAUAAUUAAAGUUUAGGAGACAUUGUCUCCGAUCCCGCUCCUAAUUGAAAUCUCUCUCCCUCAAAUAUUCUAUAAAACACCGCAAAAAACAAUCAAAAGCUCACCCAAAAAAUCAGAAGAAAUAAAUCAAAAACAAAACCAUGGCGAGAAAAAAAGUUACAUUGGCAUGGAUCGCCAACGACGCAACCAGACGAGCGACGCUGAAAAAGCGCCGCCGCGGGCUUUUGAAGAAGGUGAGCGAGCUCUCCGUCCUGUGUGACGUCCCGGCCUGCGUCGUAGUUUACGGGCCCGACGAGGCCCAGCCCGAGGUCUGGCCCAACGAUGCCCAGGCCCGCGAAGUCCUCGUCCAAUACAAAUCCAUGCCGGAAUCUGAACAGUGCAAGAAAAGAGUGGAUCAAUCUGGGUACUUGAACCAGCAACUUUUCAAGAUUCAAGAACAAGUCAGGAAACAGCAAAGGGAGAAUUGGGAGUUGGAGAUGAACAUAAAAUUGCACGAAGCUAUAGCGGGAAAAUGCAACUUGAUGGACGUCGGGGUUGAAGAUGCAGCGGUCUUGGCGAGGUUGAUUGAGGAGAAGAUGAAGACUGUGAAGGAGAAGAUGGCGGCGGUGGCGGCGACAGCGGCGGCGGCAACGGGAGAAGGGAAAGGGGAGAUGUUGAUGGAUUAUGAUUUUGGGGGGAGGUCUCGUUGCCAACCGCCGGCGCCGGCCGCGGUUCCCCCGCUCCGCCGCGUGUUGGGCAGUAUAUGGGAGUUGGGAGUUCGUGGGUGGAUCCGGGAUUUUAUCCAAUUUUCUUUGAUAAUUAUGGAGGAUUUUAGUGGAUAUAUAUAA